GUUACGAUUCACUAGUAUUUUGAGGUUAUUCUUUUGCGAUUAUGCUUGUCAUUUUAUCAAAGAAAAAUUUGUUUGUUGGUAAAGUUUUAAAACAUCAAUUUCCACAGUUCUGUUAAAUUUUCAGUGAAAUACAACUACGAGUAAGUACAAUUUUAAACUAUUAUCCAUCCAACUUAUUGUAUAUUAUUGUUCAAACGUAAAGAAUUUAUAUGUACAGUGAUAUUCUUUGUUAUAGAUCAUAGGUACCUAUUUUACAGAAAAAAAAAAAAAAAAAAAUUGUAUUCAUUUUUAUAAAUCAUUACAUAUUUAUAUAUUACUCAAGCAUUAUUAUCUUCAAGAAAUAAUAACAAUAUUUAUAAAUUAUAUUGAUUUAAAAUCGUAUUUGAUCAUUUUCAUUUGUUCAAAGAGUAUUGUUUGUUUGUUUUUUUGCAGAACUAUGUCGACGCCAAAUGAAACGCCUAUAGCCAAAGUGGUCGUUCACCCUUUGGUGUUAUUGAGUGUUGUUGAUCAUUUUACUCGUUUAGGCAAGAUUGGAAAUCAAAAGCGAGUAGUAGGUGUACUACUAGGUUCAUGGCAGCAAAAUAAAGUGCUCGACAUAUCCAACAGUUUUGCACUUCCAUUCGAUGAAGAUGACAAGGAUAAGUCUGUGUGGUUUCUCGAUCACGAUUAUCUUGAAAACAUGUAUGGCAUGUUUAAGAAAGUGAAUGCUCGUGAAAAGGUAGUUGGCUGGUACCAUACAGGUCCUAAACUCCACCAAAAUGACAUAGCUGUAAACGAAUUAGUGCGUCAGUAUUGUGUAAACAAUACAUCUGUUAUGGUAAUCGUUGAUGUUAAACCUAAGGAUGUCGGUAUCCCUACUGAAGCUUACCGCGUUGUGGAACAAAUUCAUGAUGAUGGAUCGCCUCCGUCCAAAACACUGGAACAUAUCGCAAGUGAAAUCGGUGCGGAAGAAGCUGAAGAGGUCGGUGUCGAACAUUUACUUAGAGAUAUUAAAGAUUCUACUAGUGGUUCCUUAAGUCAACGUGUUGCUAACAUUAUAUUCGGUGCUAGAGGCCUUUAUAAACAAAUGGUUGAUAUCAGAGAUUAUUUGCAGCAAGUCGUAGAUGGGAAACUACCCGUAAAUCAUCAAAUCAUUUAUCAACUGCAAGAAAUAUUCAAUCUCUUACCGGAUGUAGACAAGGAUACUCUAGUUGCCGCAAUGCACGUUAAAGUGAAUGACCAUAUGCUCGCAGUAUACUUAGCCACUAUGAUUAGGACUAUCAUUGCAUUACACAAUUUAAUCAACAAUAAGAUUGCCAACAGCGAUGACGAAAAGAAGCAAUCACGGGAACCAGAAGAGAAAAAAGAUGAAGUUGCAAAGAAGAAAGAAGUCAAAGCAAAAUAGGUGGCUAUAAUUCAAUUAUAUAAUAUAAUUGUAAAUAAAUAAUCUUAAUAAUUUUUUUUUUAUUAUUAUUAUUUAAAGUAUUGCAAACAUUUAAUAUAAUUCGUACAUAUUUAAACUUAAUAUAAUUAUUAUGCUGCAGAUAAUUUUUUUUAUAGUUCAAUUAUUAAUUUACUAACCUCACCUAUACUUUAACAUUACCCAAUAAAAACAAAAUCUCUGAUUAACAAUAUUUGAACAAGCAUCAUUUCCUCCCAAAAUUUUGUAAUUUUUUCUGCAAAAAAAUGUAUAUUUCGAGUGAUGUACUAAGUGACCAACAAUAAAUGAAUUUAUCAGUCAUAAAAAAAAAAAAAUAUUUCAAUUAUUUUUCUUGGUUUGACCACCAACAAAUUAUUUUGUUUUGUUUAUUUUAUUUUUUUUUUUUUUCAUAGAUAAUCAAUGUGAAAUUCAAAUCAUAACAAAUAAUAUAGGAUUCAAUAUGCAUUGUUUGUUUCGUAAAAAGUUCUUUUAGUACACUAUAAUAAAUUUUGCAAUUUUAUAUAAACAUGCUCAUUUAAUAAUUAAAUAAACUGUUAAGAAAUUUUAAGUAAGUACAAUGAAAUUCAAUACCAGAACAGUAAAUGAUAGUAUUUUCUUAUGACAGUAUGUUGUGAGUAAUAGCUAUCAAUAUGUUUUACAUAAUGUAUUGAAUAAAUACUGACUAAUUAAAGUCUAAACAAAUGCAUAAUAUGCCUCUGGAUUAAUAAAACUUUAUCUUAGUUUAUUAUUACUACAAUAAUAUUAAAUAUUUUGAACUCUCAAAUAAUAUUAUAGUCAGUUUUUACUGUAUUGUGAACUGUUAACUGAUCAAUAUGUUUAAUUCAAUAAGGUUAAUUAUGUUUAUAGUUGUAAAUCCGUGCUGUUUGAUGUAUUUUUUUGAAAACUAAAAUUUGUAGUAGUCUCUUGUGACUUUUUUUUUAAUAUAAUUUUUGUAUACAUUUUUGAUUCGAGUGAAGCGACAAAACUUUUUAUAUCAUAUAAAAUUAUCAAUACAAAAUAGUAUUUCAUAAAACAUUAUCGAUUUUUAAUUAUUAAUAACUAAUGCAAAUAAUUACGUGUUAGGUACCUAUUGUCAUGGAUUUUAUAAUUUGUUGAAUAUUAUUUUACCAAAUAUCAUAACAC